AGUGCCCUCGAGGGAGCGCGGGCGACGCCGUCUCCCCACCACCGGCUCUCAGUCGCGCUCGGGCUGUGGUGUGAGGAGGUGACGUCCAUCUCCGGAGAGUUGCGGGUCACGACAGGUCACGGCUGGUUUGGGAGCCGUCCGAGUGGGCUCAGUUGGAGACGGUGUUCUGUGACGUGGGAGCGUGCAGAGGAAGAUAUACCUUGCAACUGGAGAAUUGGAGGAAGAUACGUCGCUACUGGGGUUGACUGUAGGAGAGACCGCACGGCUCAUGGUUCUGAUAAGGUGGCCGGCAAUGACUCCGUGGAGGUAGCCUGAGCGGCUCUUCGGGAGAUGACCAGCUCUACCCUGGAGCUGAUUUAUAGCCAAAAGUCGCCCAGCUAUGGCACACAGAUCCUGGCCACGCUGGCCGUCUCGCUGGGCCCGCUGGCCGUCGGUCUCGGCAAGGGCUACAGCUCGCCGGCGAUCGCCUCGCUGGCCACGCCGGCCGAGCACGGGGGGCUGGCCAUCAGCGCGCAGCAGGGCUCCUGGGUGGCCAGUCUGUCGCUGCUGGGCGCGCUGGUCGGCGGCCUGCCCAGCGGACUGGCGCUGCGGCUCGGCCGGCGCCGGCUGCUGGCGGCUGUCAGCGUGCCGUUCGCCGCCGCCUGGUGGCUGGCCGCCGGCGCCGGAUCGCUGGAGGCCCUGUACGCCGCCGCCUUCAUCAGUGGCCUGUGCUCGGCGCUCGUGGCACUCGUCACGCCCGUCUAUGUCAGCGAGAUCGCGCAGCCGGCCGUGCGCGGCGGCCUGUGCGCCGUCACGAAGGUGGCCUCUAACGUCGGGCUGCUGCUGAGCUUCCUGCUGGGCGGCGCGCUCGACUGGCAGCAGCUGGCGCUGGCCGCCUCCGUGGCGCCGCUGCUGCUGCUGCCCGCCUGCUGUCUGGUGCCAGAGACGCCCAGCUACCUGCUGCUACGCGGCCAGGAGCGGCAAGCGCGCGUGGCGCUCCAGUGGUUGCGCGGCCCCGGCGCUGAUGUCACUGAGGAGUUCUCCAUACUGCGGGCGAACAUCCUUCGCAGUGAAGAGACGCGUGAGACUCCCACCGCGGGCGGCUCCGGCAGCGUGGAGGCGCGCCGCGCGCUGCUGCGGCCCGUGCUCGUCACCUGCGGCCUGAUGCUGCUGCAGAAGUUCUGCGGUGUCAGCGUGUUCAGCUUCUACGCGGUACCACUGCUGUCUCGGACGCUGAGCCACCUGGACGCGCACGGCGCGGCCGCCGCCGUCGGCCUGCUGCAGAUCCUGGCCGGGCUGACCUCGGGAGUGCUGAUCGACACAGUGGGCCGCCUGCCGCUGCUGACCAUCAGCAGCGCGCUGAUGUCAGCAGCGCUGGCCGGGUUCGGCACGUUCGUGUACGUGGUGCAGCCGUGGACGGACGCAGAGCGAGCCGCUCUAGACUGGGUGCCCAUGUCAUGCGUGCUCGUCUGUCAGGUGGCGUUCUCGCUGGGCGUCGGCCCGAUCUCGUGGUUGCUGAUUGGGGAACUCUUCCCGCUGCGGCAGCGCGGGCUCGGCGCGCUAGCCUCCUCCGUCAGCUACGGCUGCGCGUUCGUCAGCGUGAAGACGUUCGUGGACCUGGAGCGGGCGCUCGGCCUGCACGGCGUGUUCUGGCUGUAUGCGGCCGUCUCGGCCGUGUGUUUGGUGUUUGUGCUGGUGUUUGUGCCCGAGACGCGCGGCACAGAGCUGCCAGAGAUGGAGAAGGCGCCCUCCUGACGGCCACAGACGCCCGCGACGGGACGGGCGGUAAACACAGAGUGUGUGGUGCCGAGUGAGGGCAGGGCGGGAGACCGCGCCUGUCGCCGAUCGGGCAGCUGCGAGACGCUGAAAGCACUGCUUCUGAGACAAAAAUACAGACACACAGCGAACGGUAGCGUGAACAUGAAAAGGUGGACCUCACAGCAUGUCACUCAGGACAUUGAUGAAGAGAUGCAGUGUAAAGUGUUCAUGAGAAAGGCGUCUAUUUAGGUCGAGCAGUGGUGAUUGAUUUUCAGACAUACCUUCUAGGAACUGGCAUGUGUCGAGCCAUCGAGAUAGACUGCAGCUUACAUAUCGCUGUCACCAUAUUCAUGUUGUUUCGUACAAAUAUGCGCUUGCAUAUCGUCGUAUUGAUGUCAGUCGUUCAAUCUUGAAUCUGCAUUGGAUAUUUUGACGUUUUGGUGUAUUUCAUCUGAGACAGCCGUCAACUAUAACAGAUGUGUUCCGUCUUUAUCGAGUAUUUCUGCCCACAGUCCAUGACAAAUGCCAUCAUUUGCAUCUGGUUUGUCAUUGUGAGUAAUGCGAGCGUGCUCAGAUAAACAGUCUGGUAGAAAUGCGGUAGUUUCAGUCAAGUUUCAGUAGUCUUUUUGUUAACCUUUUCCCAUUUCCCGCUGACACAGGCGGGUCAUUUUAUAGACAAGUAUUACGUAGUCGUCAUUGUUCCCUGUCUUCCACAUUGUGCUAUCUACCUCGUGAAUGUUUUGUAGCUGCACACGCGUGGUCACCAAACUCACCAUGGCGAACGUUAGACCAUUAGGAAGAUAGCCUUUUAUUACCCGUUGAGCGCCCGUGUGUCGUUUGUUUUUACUAAUAUGCCUGUGAUGUGGUGUGUUUGUUUUUGAGUCCCAUCUAGUGGCCUCAGUGCUGCGUAGGGUCGAUGGGGUGACGGACCGAUCGAUAUCAGUUCGCUGAUAGCUGUCGAUCCUGAGAUAGUUCACCGCCCUGACGAGCGUCCCAGCGUCAGUGUGUACGUGAUGAAUGUGGUGGAUGUGGUUCGUAUUAGUGAGAGCGCAGUUUUCGGUACUGUCGAACGGAUAAGUGGGUCUUGUUGAAUAUAUGAAAAAGUAGUGGUAAA